AUGGGAUGGUCCGACAAGUAUGAGGAGGGGCCAAAGAGCCCUGCCUCAACGGCAGACGAGACGGGCGAUGAGGCCAAUGAGACCAAGAUCACUUUGAACAUCUACGACGUGUCUCAAGCCGAUUCCGUGCAAUGGGUCAACGCCUUCUUCGCCAACCAGCAUUCUCCUGUCAAGCUCUUUGGCGUCUUCCACGUGGGGGUGCAGGUAGGAGAUGAGGAGUGGGCUUUCGGAGCCACUCCGACUGGAAGCGGCGUCUGCCGCCACAAGCCGCGUGCUGCGGAGCAGCACCACUUCCGCGAGAGCCUUUGUGUGGGCUCAACGGCGCUUUCCAAGCGACAGCUGAGAGACUUUUACGCAGUCCUCGAAGCCACCUGGUCCGGCCGGGAUUACGAUCUGCUUCAGAAGAACUGCAUACAUUUUGCCAGCGAGGUGUGUGAACUUCUCGACGUCUGCGAUGUUCCGGCGUGGGUCAACCGACCUGCGAGGCUGGGCGCUUGGCUCAAACAGGUCAAGGAUGCGGCGUGGAACACCCCGCAAGAGCCGGCGGUGAGAUCCCAGUGCCUGUGA